CCCCGCUUUUUUCUGUUUCAUAACUGCUAGAAGAAAAAUCUAUAUGACAACCAUGGCUAAAACAAAUCACUCUUUGGCGGCUAUCUUCUGUCUUUUCCUCAUGCUUCCGAUCUACUGCUUCAACUUUGGAGAAAGUUCAAUCACAGAAAGUGUGAAGACAUGGUGUGUGGCAAAGCCUUCAGCGAAUGACAAUGAGCUGAAGAAUAACAUACGAUUUGCGUGCGAACAUACAGUUCCUACUGAUUGUGAUGCAAUAAAUCAAGGCGGUCCUUGCUAUAACCCCAAUAAUCUCUUUCACCACGCUUCUUUUGCCAUGAAUUCUUACUACCAGGAAGCAGGAAGGCACCAAUGGAACUGUGAUUUUCUCAACUCUGCUCUCGUCGCGAUCUCUGAUCCAAGUCUUGGAAGCUGCGUAUACAAGGGGGAACCUACAUCAGUGGAUUUAUCAGCUUCGGUGGUGCUAUUUAGAGCUGCUGUGCUAUUCAGGAUGAAAUUUGUUAAACUUUUUAGGGUCACCACACUGAAACUAUCUGGGCUUGGAUCAUCAGACUAA